AUGAAAGCAAUCGAUAAAGCUAUGGAGGGAAGGUUCCAGUACAAAGAUGUAGAAUUAAAAUGGAAAAGAGACGAAAGGAGAUCAAUUCUCAUAGAGAAAAAAGAACGGCGUCAUAAAGAACUAUUGUAUACGUUUAAUAUAAAUAAUAAUUCACUUGAAGAAAUUAAACCAUCAUCUUUAUCUCUCAACAAGUUUAAAAAAGAUUGUAAAUCCCUAAUUAAGAAUGGAGGAUACUAUAGCGAUAAGAUUUCUGAAACUGAUAAUAAUCUCACCAAAGAAGAAAUUACGAAAUUUAUUCAGCCUAAAAAUAAAAAGAAUACGGAUAAACAUGUUCUUCAUGUUUAUAAUAAACUAUGGAAGUCACGUCAUGUUUGCGAUUUACUUUGA